UAGUGAGACACAAGUGUUGUGUUAUGAUGCAGGAAUAUGACAUUAUUGUGCUUGGAACUGGACUUAAGGAAUGCGUCCUCUCUGGUUUAAUGUCUCUAAGUGGGAAAAAGGUUCUUCACAUUGACAAAAAUCCCUACUAUGGAGGAGAGAGUGCAUCCAUUUCUCCCCUUGAAGAGCUGUACAAGAAGUUUAAGGUUGCGGGUCCUUGUCAGUCUAUGGGCCUUGGCAAAGAGUGGCACGUUGACCUCGUCCCCAAAUUCUUUCUUGCUAAUGGUCAGCUGGUGAAAAUCUUGAUGCACACUGAGGUUACUUGCUAUUUGGACUUCAAAGUCAUUGAAGGCAGCUAUGUAUACAAAGCAGGGAAAGUGCACAAAGUCCCUGCCACUGAGGAAGACACCAAUACUUCAGACCUGAUGGGCAUGUUUGACAAGAGACGGUUCAGGAAGCUGAUGCUCUUCUCCCACAACUUUGAUGAGAGGCACCCUCGGACCUACCACGACGUGGAACCGACCAAAACCACCACGCGGGACCUGUUCUGCCGCUUUGACCUGGGAUUAGACGUCAUGGAGGUCAUAGGUCAUGCCAUAGCCCUCCACGGCAGCGACAGUUACCUGGACCAGCCGUGUGUGGACACAAUCAGACGGAUCACACUGUACUCAGACUCUUUGUCCCAACACAAAACCAGCCCAUAUCUCUAUCCUGUGUAUGGACUGGGAGAACUACCACAGGGGUUUGCCAGACUGAGUGCAGAAUACGGAGGAACUUUCCUGCUGAACAGAGCAGUGGACGAGAUUGUGAUGGACAACGGCAAAGUGACAGCGGUGAAGUCAGAGGGGAAGCUGUACAGGUGUAAACAGCUCAUCUGUGAUCCCAGCUAUGUUCCCCAUCACGUUAGGAAAGUGGGCCGAGUCAUCAGGGUCAUCUGUUUAUUAAAUCACCCAGUCAAAAAUACCCACGAGGCCCACUCCUGUCAAAUUAUCAUCCCUCAAACUCAACUCAACAGGAAAUCAGACAUUUACAUAUCUGUAGUGUCCUACGCUCAUAACGUAGCCUCAGAUGGGAUGUACAUCGCAACAGUGAGCACGACUGCAGAGACCAGCGACCCAGAGAAAGAGGUGCAGCCUGGGCUGGAUCUCCUGGAGCCUAUCAUGCAAAAAUUUGUUUCAGUCAGCAACCUGCUAGUUCCCAAGAACGAUGGAAAAAGGAGUCAGGUGUUUGUGUCUUGCUCAUACGACGCUACAAGCCACUUUGAGACUGAAUGUGAAGACAUCAUGGACUUGUACCGGCGAAUCACAGGGGAUGAACUCCUCAGAGGAUCAAAGAGGCACCAGUCAUACACCUCUGAUGACGACUGAUAACGAAGUUCAUCAUUUUUAAUUUGUUUGGUGUGUUUUUAUUUGUCACAUUCUACAAAACCAAAAAAUGUGUUGACAUUAAAGUUUGGAAAUGUU